AUGGAACAUCUUGGGUACAAAAAAGCCCUCGCCGGCCAUUUCCAGGAAUGCGUCGACGCGGUUGAAGCGACACGGCCUUAUUACCACAUCGGUCCUCACUUUCGCCUCUUGGCCACGCGAUUCCAGGCUGCUAAGGACCUCUUCAAACAUUGGGGCAACCACCUUGGCCUGGCCGCCGAAACUGUGUCAAAAGCCGCCGUGGGCGACCGCUUGGACCCUAAGACAGCAGCCGACGUGAAAGCGGUGCUCGCUAUUGUCAGAAGUAUCUGCGAUGGCGAUAACCCUUACUGUCCAAUUUACUCUACUUUUGACAUUGUUCUUCAAGACGCUACUGGGAAAUGGGCGCCCAAAAAUGAAAGGAAGAGGAAUCUGAAAUGGAUGUUCCAAGACAAGGAAAAUCAAUCAGAUCAUGUUGAGCUCUUUGAAAUGAUCGUUCAACGUCUACACGAGUUGGUUCCGGUAAAGACCUCCACCACCCACAUACGCAGGAAAGGUUCUGCGAACACUGCUAUCGUCGAAAUCGACAGUGAAGCUCGAGACGGUGAUGUCGACCCCGAUGACGAAUAUGUUCUGGAGAACAAGCCCUCAGAAGCUUUGCAGCCAGAUCGACAUGACCUGCUGAGGACGCUUAUUGACCGGGCAGUUGACGUACGAAAAAGUGACCAUAACGAUUGGACAUUGCUACAUCAUGCAGUAUGGCUUGAUUCUAUCGAGUCAAUCGAAAUUCUCAUACAAAGGGGCGCUGACGUGAAAGCAAAGACCAGAAUGGGAAAUACGGUGUUGCAUCUUGCUCAGAGUGCAGAAGCGGUGGGGGUUUUGGUCGGACGAGGAGCCGACAUUGAUGCCCUCAACUGCAAGGAUGAGACGCCACUAAUUUCCGCCUGCAACAACGGUUUGGUAUAUGUUGUCCAGGAGUUAGUGAAUAGAUGGACAAACUUAACUCCCCAAGAUCACCACCAAAGAACUGCUCUGCAUUCGGCAUGCUUGGGAGAAUAUGACGAUAUGGUUCUUUCGUGUCUCCAGAAGGAAGCGGAGGUUGAGGUCGAUGAUGAAGAUGACGAAGAUGAAGAAAGGGAAACUCGGCUAGUUGAAGUCUAUGAUGAAGAUGGGGAAACUCCGCUGCAUAUUGCAUGUUAUACGGGGAACGCGGAAAUAGUCCGUUUUCUCAUUGAAGCGGCAGCCGAUACUGAGAAAAAGGACAGUUAUGGCCGUGCACCUCUGAACAGAGCAUGCUAUGAUGGUUUUGAAGAUAUUGCCAAGGUACUUCUUGAGUCAGGCUGUGAUGUCGAUACAGCAGGGCCUGGUCACAGAACAGCUCUAAAUGUAGCAGCUCGCAAGGGGUAUGUCGGGAUCGUCAAACUUCUCAUUGAACGCGGCGCAAAUCUGGACGCGCCCGAUAAUCAGGCGCUCACUCCACUACAUGCGGCCGCUAGCUGUGGGGAUGUUGAAAUCUCAGAAAUGCUUCUAGAUGCAGGGGCAGAAGUCAUGAUCAUAGCAAGUGACUGUUCGACGCCACUCCACCAUAGUAUGGAAGCUGAUGCCCCUGAGUUGUGGUAG